AUGUUGCACCUCGGGAACGUCUCCGAGGACGUUAUCAUUCACGUCGCGUUCUUCUUGGAUCUUGACGAUCUCUGGACACUGAGACAGGUGUGCGUUCGAGUUAGGUCAUUAGUUAGUUCUACCCCAGUCUGGCGGAUAGCCAGCUCUCGUUUAUCGCUUCCCAUAUGGAACCCGAACCCGACAACCGGUUCAUAUUCUUCCUCAAACAUCUCGGGGCUACCCGCGUUUAUAAGAGAUACCUGGCGUGCUGCGCAGAUUGAUAGACGCUGGUCUACUGCAAAGUCCUACCUCUGUCUUUGUAAGGAACCUAUCCAGGGAUGGUCAAGCAUCAGAUUGGCCGGCAGUGACCAGUGGAUUAUCUGUACGAAUGACCGUGGCGAUGUGGCCGCUACGAAGUUCACACAGGCAAUCAACCAACCUAUGAGAGAACAAGUAAUCUACCGUUCUUUUUUUGUACCUGUUCGCGAAUGGUCUGGUUUGCUUGAAAAUAACCUUCGUAGAUUGAAUAUCCAUUUCAGCCCCCUACCGUCGUCGGACGGUUCACAAGCGCUCGAUGGAUUACCUCAAUACAAAUUAACAUUGCCUGGUCAAAUUACUGUUGUUGCUAUUGAGGUUUGCACCUCGAGUCGUGUUCUGAUGAUUCUCUGUAAAGAUCCGGAUCACCACUCCUCCUCAUUUCUGGACGUCUGGUCUUGGGGUCCCAGUGAAGAGCAGGCAUAUCAACCCCCUGAACAUACCAUGCGAACUGUUCAUUUUGAAGCAAACGAUUGCGCAUUUCGUGUAGUCCAAAUAAGGGAGGGCCCGCACGUUUUUGUGGCCCGAGCGAAUAAGGACGCAACUUACUUCGAGUUCUACGAUCUACAAGGACAUAUGUCCCACUCAGGACAGAUCGAGCCUAAGGCUCAGAUUCCGGUUGCUCAUGAAUCACUGCCUUGGCCAUGCCACCAGAUUACCCUCCCACACCCUAGGGUUGUCCCACCUACUGGGAACUUGGAUUAUGACAACCCGAUCUCUGUGGUACUCUGUGCCGCAAGGUCUCCACGACUUAGCGAACUCCUGGGAUAUCGCGUGUGUUUGCACCGCGACCGGGAACUAGUGAGCCUAUCGUUCCUGGGCGGUUAUAUUCUGCCCGAAUAUCAUGAUGUAUUCCGGUGUGUAGUGGGGCCGCUAGGGGUGCGUGGCGCUGUACUUGUGUCCGACCCAAGGGCGAACCCCAGGUCUCAGUUGAUGAUACUCACACUCGAUGGUAACGAAUACAAGCAGCUUAACACCGGAUGUUUGGUCAGCGAAUUACUUUUGCCGAUGGAUCUCUCUAUUGAUGAAUUGCAUGGUACUGUAACCGUCCUGGAUGGAACACAAAACUUGCAUGUCUUUCUAUUUGAUCGUUAUCUGGCCUUGGGCAAAUAG